AACUCUGCUCUCUUUUGUUGGGUUUUGGUUUCCAAAAACCCUAGCUAAACCCUCCCCUGAAAAAUUGCUUCAUAAUCUUGAUCAUGGUUACUUCGAUCACCCUCAGAUCUCUGAUUAGACGUGGUUUUUGUACUUCUUCCUCUGCUUUAUGCUCUAAUUGUAAUGCACAGAUUCAAUCCAAGGGUGAGACUACUGUGACCAAUCCAAAAAAGUUGGUUUUCAAUUUCAAAACUUCAGAUGAUUACAAAUAUGUUAUGGGAUGCGGAAUGCGUAGGAUAAUUGAGUCAUCUAAUGGCGAUAUGUCAUUUGUGUUCAAGAAGACUCUUAAAGAAAUGAUAAACGACAUUAUCUUUCAAAAUAAAGGUGAUGUGGAGAGAGCUCGGGGUGUGAAAGUGACCAAUGUUGCGUUUCUAAUACCUCCGUACAUCAACGACUAUCAGAAGCAGAUUAUAAUGGAAGCGGCAAAUGAUGCUGGUCUGUUUGUUGAAAGUUUUAUUACGGCCAUAGCUGACAACCCUUUUCUUAAUCGGAUAUAUGUUCACGAGGGAGAAUUCGGUAUACUACUUGCUCUUUCGGGUGUAUUUGAUGUUCCUAUCAAGGAGUUCAUAUUAAGUGGUGAUAAAUCUGUGUCAGAAACAAUUUUGAGCGAGUUACAAAAAAUUCGUGGAUAUGACUUGAAGCAAGAUCCGGUGAUGGUCCAAAAGAUUAAGGAAGCAGUUGAUAGGGCAAUGGCACGAAUGUCAUCAUCAAAUUUGAAAAAAACUGGUAUCAAGCUCAAUCUUCCAGUUGCUGCUGAUCAACCCGACGAGAGUACAACAAUUACAUGGUCAAUCGAUUGAUUCUCACUGCCCGUGAGUAAAGUUUCUUCUCUCUUUUUGUUAUCUUCUGAAACAAUGAAUCAGGGCUUACUUUUGGCUGUUGUAACUUGUUACGACUCUUUUGUUGAUGGGUAUGUAGAUAGACUAGCAUUUUAACCACAACUCGAGUGAAAACAAAGAAGACAUGUUUUGUGAUUGUACAAAUUUUCACUCUUGUCAGUUGUAGCCUCUAACGCUGCCCUUUGUAUCUAAUGAUAUCAAUCAAAAAACAACUCUAUGUGAGA